AUGUCGCACACCCCACGAACCGUUCACACGCUGUCCCCGCCUCAUUGCAAGUUUUUUAGUGCUUUUCGGUAUUGUGCAACGGGCAGCGUUCAGUUAGUUGACGGUGAUACCGUGCAUCUGAGCCAGCCAACUUUGUCUAGAAUUGUAACGCGUGUUACUGACGCGCUAGCUAACAAAGCAAGUAUUUUCAUAAAGUUUCCAUUCGAUGAGGCCUCGCUAGAUAGGAUAAAGGAGGGAUUCUACACAGACCGGCACAGAAUAACAAAUGUUGUAGGCGUGGUAGACGGCAGCUUAGUUCAAAUCAAAAGUCCAUCUAUCAACGAGCCGGCAUAUGUUUGUCGAAAGGGCUUUCGCGCAAUCAACGUUCGAGGGAUCUGUACCAACGACUUGAAGUACACUAGCAUCGUUUCGUCUUGGCCUGGCAGUACGCACGAUGCAUUCAUUUGGUCGAACUGUGAAUUAAAUCGGAAGCUACAACGAGGAGCUGUAACCGACGGUUUCUUUCUUGGUGACAAAGCUUAUCCGUUGCGCCCUUGGCUGUUAACUCCUAUUCGUAGACCAGAGACCAACUCCGAACUUAGUUACAACCGGCACCAUCAAAGAGCACGACAGAGGAUUGAAGCAACGAUUGGCAGGUGGAAGACAAUAUGGCUUUGCUUGAGUAAGGAUGGUGGGGUACUUACUCUAAAACCCCACUUGUGCUGCAAAGUUAUUGUUGCGACAGCCGUGUUACACAACAUAUGUGAGGAGCAUGGCGUCCCUGUUCCUCCUGACGAACCGGUGAAUGAUGAAGAUGCGCAAAACCUAUACGAUGAUGAACCACUUGGCGAUGAAGACGACCGAGACGGUCAAAGAUGGAGGGCCGCACUUAUCCGUGAACAGUUCUAA